GGUGGGAGUAAACAACGCCGGGCGACAACAACGGCGCCGCGGAAUCUCUCGAUUUUGUUCUUUUUCAGCGAGAAAACAUGUUCCCAGCUGGUGCAGAGGACGACGACGAUGAUUUUGUUCCAUCGUCGAGCUCAAGAUUAUCAUCAUUAUUUGGUAGCAGCACAGCAAGCAAAUCCUCCAACUUGAAGUAUGUUGCCCCCAAGCAGCCUCGACCAGAGAGAAGUGACUCAGCAAGUAGUGGAAGUGGAAAAAAUAACUCCCCUUCGCCAGCCCCACAGCAAUCGAAAACACAAGCGCCUGCAGUGUUAGUUGCAGCCCCAGUCCAUGCAUAUUUGUUUGUGAAUGGUGUGGCCCAGCCUCAAGGUCGUGUUAUGUGUUGUGUCUUGGGGAACCAUGCUGAGAAGAGUUUCCAGCUGCUCCUUUAUCGGUCAAAGCAAGAUCAUCUUACAAGAGCUAGGAUUCAUCAUCAGUUUAAUUUCACAGUCCAGCCAAAUAACUAUGUUAACUUUAGUGAUGAUCAGCAAAGGAGCUGGUCAGUUAUGAUAGAUGCUGCCCCUUAUGCUGAAUUAGUUAUUCAGGUUGGUGUGUGUCGAGCCUUGGCAGCGCAAACAGUAGAUAAAACACAAGUUACUCAGGAUGUGACAGUGGGGGAAGGACCAGUCUUACAAGAAGGGGACCAAAGCUCAAGUCUCAUUUUCCAAGUGGAGCAUUAUAAGUGGAAAGAAAGGAAAUCAGGCAGAAGAAACCAAGUCGGCCCAUCGGGUCAAGUUAAAAGAGGCAUUAAGCGGGUGGGAGUGUGGCCUUCUCGGGCUGCAGAAGAACGGUCGCAGAUUGAUUUUUCUUCUUGAGAAAAAGGUAAUUGAGACUGGAAUAGAAAUGAAGGGAUCCAUAGAUAUAUAGAGUGGUAGUACAAGAGGGAUAAUGAGAGAAAGUAGAUGAAGAAAGAAAAUAGUAGAGAAAGAACAAAAAAAGAAUGGGAAAAAGGAGAAAUGGUAAAAAAGAAAUGAUAUUAGAAAAAGAGAAAUUUUGAAAGGAGAAAGCUAGAGGUAGGUAGAGCAUAAGAGACUGGUAGGGUGAAAAGUAUAGAAAAAUAAAUUGCAGUAUUCCAAGGGGUAAAUUAGGGGUAAGGGCAAAAAGAGGAGUAGGGAUAAAGAGACAGAGAGACAGAGGGAUAGAGGGUUAU